AUGCCCGCGCGCCUCUCGAGCGGCGCCUCCCGCGGGGCGGCCUGGGACCGCGACGCUCUCGUGUCAGCUGCCCGCCACAGCACAUGUGUGGUCCUCGACCAGUGCCGGUGCGACCUCACUCAGCGACUAGGGCGUGCCCUCGAUGAGGAGGAUGCAGUCAUGCUGCUGCGCUCGUCCUCCUACUUUGAGCGCUCGCCAGCGUUGCUGGCUGCGACUGAGGCGCGGCGCGAUGCGCUCGAGGCAUCGGUGGCGGACCUGCUCGGCACCGCGUGGCGAGGCAUCGAGAGCCUCCUCCACGACUCGCUCUCCACCCUCGCAGAGCGAGUAGAGCACGCCGCGCGCGAGGAGCUCUCCGAGCGGGGAGCACGUCUCGAGGCGGGCAUCGAAUUGACGCGACGGACCGCCGAGCUACGCGAGCGGCAGGAAUGCGUGGUGACAGAGAUGUGA